AUGAUCAAACGGAUAGUUGAAGUAAACGGUGAAGCCAAUUGACUAUUUGUGUAAAAGUGAUAAACUGAAAUUCCUGCCAAAACUCUCUUUACAAAUAUGUCUGAUUGGUCGGACCUUCAACAGGAUCUACUGGUUCUAAUAGUUAGACGUAUAAAUUUGAUUGAAGACUUCCUAAAUUUUGGCAUUGUAUGCAAAUCCUGGCGUUCUGUGGUCACCAAGGAGAAUUUUAACAGUAACUUGUGUAGGGUUCCAUGGCUAAUGUUAGCUGAGGAAGAGGAUGAUAAAACAUGUAGGAAAUUCUUUAGUCUCUAUAAUGGCCUGAUUUUGAAGAAGAGAAUUCCUAAAGCGAGUGGAAAACGAUGUAUGGAGUCUUUGGGAUGGCUUAUCACAGUUGGAAAAGACGAGGGUGAAAUUAGUCUGUUACAUCCCUUCUCGGGUGUUCAAAUUCAAUUGCCGCAUCAAAUUACCACCGACCAUUAUGAAUUCAACCAGACUCCUGUUCCAUGGACCUUUGUCCAGAAAGCAAUUCUGUCAGCCAAUCCUUCUCAUACAUCUGACUAUGUUCUCAUGAUCAUUGAGGGACACUACCAGUUCCUCAGUUUUUGGAGACCAGGAGAUUUUUUAUGGACCAGGAUUAAGAAACCGGUCUAUUUCCUACAUAAUAGUGAUGUGGUAUAUUUCAACGGCCACUUUUAUGCAGUCAGUUAUAGUGGCUGCGUCCAAGUUUGUGAUGUCGUUGACUCUGAACCCACUAAAAGUCUUACCGUAGCACAGCUACCAUCAUGCAUUGAUGGUAAGUAUUACAUCCUAGAAUCACUAGGAUCAUUAUUUGUAGUUUCACAAAAUGGUGUUGAUAUAAGGUACGUCAAAGAUGAUCGCGAAAGAGUUCCAACAUAUGAAGAUGAGGAGGAGGAGGAGGAGAAGAUGUACAUGUAUAAGACAAGAAAUUUUCAAGUUUUCCAGAUCGAUUUAGAUGCUUGCAAAACUACGCCAACCAGGGAUUUAGGGGACCAAGCUUUUUUUCUGGGUGCUAAUGCUUCUCUUUCAGUCCAAGCUUCUCAAUUUCCGGGAAUCAAGCCCAAUCAUAUUUAUUUUACAGACAACUGUUUGGGUGCCUACCUCCACUUUGAAGAAGGAGGCGGCUUUGAUAUGGGGGUGUUCAACUUAGCAGAUGGCAGUAUCCAGCCGCAUUAUGAUGGUGUUUCCCUCAGUCGUGUUUGUCCUCCAAUUUGGGUCACACCAAAUCCAUGUUGAGUAUCCAUUGAUCCAUCGAAGAUAUUCAGAUGAUUUUUGAGAAUCUUGCCCAGAAGCCCGUGCAUAUGACUCAAGUUAUUUUGGAUGUUUUCAAAAAAGUAGCUUUGCAGCUACACAUCUAAAGCAUGUAGUAUUUU